CCCAAUCCAAAAUCACUUUUUUAUCUUUUGGGUUAUAAUAUUUUUCCCAUUUUGUUUUGUUUUGUUUUGUCUUAUGAUGAUCCAUACUUUUCUGCUAGCUGUUUAGUAUGUACUGUUAUGAAAUGUCCAUCUCUGAACUCUCAUCUUCUCCAUGCUCUGAUGCCUUUCAUCAUCAUCCUCUCAGAAUUCAGGCUGUUUCCAAGUCAAUCUCAGACAAACUCCUCUCAAAAUUCUCAGAUUUAUCAGAGUUUGACUUCGAUUAUUCCCAGAGUGGUCUGUGGUCUCCCCCCAUUCAAAGAAGUGUGUUCUUGAGCUCUCCUGGGAAUGGCAAGAUUCUCUCCCACACUGACAUGGCUGCCAAGCUUUCUAAAGCCUUGAAGAGGCAUCACAGAAGAACCCAUUUCUUCAAUGCAUGUUUGUGUUCUCCAAAGAGAUUCCAUGGCAGAUGAUGAAGCUUUUGCAGGAAUUAAAGAUGUUGUAUUUGCAGUUAAAAUUAACCAAUUAAUACUGUAUUUUCCAUAUCAAAAUGUACAUCAUUCCCAUCAAGUAUAUAUAUGGAAAUGCAGAUAACACUUAUUUUUCU